AUCCCCCUUAAAUAGAAGCAGCACUCGCAACUUCUCUCCUCUCACUCCACAAAAGAAAACAUGAAGAUCGUCUCCUUCUUCGCCGUCUCCGCCUUCCUCUUCCUCUUCCCCUCGACCUCCGCCCAGACCUGCCGGACCACCUGCGGCAACCAGCCCCUCCGGUACCCCUUCGGGAGCGGCCCAGGGUGCGGCGACCCCCGCUUCCAGGGCCACGUCAAGUGCGACGAGGCGCUGCAGAAGCUCACCCUAACCACCCACACAGGGUGCUAUCCCGUCACCUCCAUCGACUACGCCGCGCAGGUCAUGUACAUCUCCGACCCGACCAUGUCCACGUGCGCGUGCUCCCAGGACAGCCGCGGCUUCGGCCUCGACUGGGGCCCCUUCUCCAUCCACGAGAACACCAUCUUCGCCCUCCUAGACUGCUCCACCUCCACCUCCCCCAUAUACAGCUCCACCGCCCCGGGGAAUUCCUCCUCCUCCUCCCCUCUCUGCGACGCCAAGGGCACUUCCAUAUGCAGCUUCCUCUACUCGUGCCACGCCAUAAGCAUGAUGAACCAGCAAGCCUCCACGUGCUGCGUGUACGCGCCGGUAGACCUCGGGCCGGCCUACGAGAUGGACCUCGGCAAGCUCAAGUGCGGCUCGUACUCGGGGUUCUACAGCUUCGACGGGCAGGAGGUGGACCCGGACCAGUGGAAGUACGGGAUCGCGCUCAAGUAUAGGUUCAACGUGUAUAAUGAGUACCCGAGCUCGUGCGCCGAGUGCGAGAGGAGCGGCGGGGCUUGCGGCUACGCCAGGCCUUUAGACACGUUCGUGUGCAAUUGCCCUGGCAGCGGGCUGAACACCACGUCCGACUGCUCCAUCGGGGCGUCCUGGAGUGAAGCUCCGGGGCACGUUCUCGCUCCCCGUACAGGAACAUGGGCUUUGCUUCUCUCAGUGGUCUCCAUUUUGUCGCUGGUCAUGAUCAGAGCGCCAUAAAACCAUCGAAGGAGUUCAUAAUAAAGCGGCCGGUCUCGGCCAUGCUUUUCCGUGGAGAAGCUCACGAUUCUUCGAUCGCAAGGAAAUCAUGUUUGCUUUCGCAAUUCAAUCAUGUAAAGGAAACCAAGUCAUCGCUCACUGAUAAAUGAAUUAUGGAAAGAUUAGCAAUAGCCUCUCAAUUCUCUC